GUUCAAACAUCGGCGGGCAAAUGCAGCUGGGAUCCGGCGCGACCCGGCAGCGGCUGCCGCCGUAUUUGGCGCGCCUGCUGCUGCUGUGCGCCCUAGCGGCGAUCCUGCCGGUCCGGUCUGGUGCCGCGCGGGCAUUGCUAGCAGAGAAUAACUGUAGGCACUUGGAGACGAUGGACGACGGCCAUAGUUCAGAACUGGCUUGCUACUGCUACAUUCCACAUGGAAAGAUACAGUUGAAAAAUAUUUGGUCAACUAUUCAGGUGAAGAUAAGCAGCAGCGAAACAUUCGAGGUGAUGUCCAUCCCAGAGGAACGAAAUUGCCAAAGCUCUGAAAAUCUGCUUGCCUUUUUCAAGUGCCUGUUUAACAAUAUUUGGCAACCAGGCGUGUCUAAUGAAACCACAAUAUCAGUGAGCUUGUAUGGAGAGAAAACCUGUUUCUGGGUGCAGCCUAUGAACAAAACACCCUACACGGUACACACAAAACUAAACAUGUUGGAUUGGACACUCUUUCUGCUGUUUCUCACCGGCGUCCUUCUCUUUCAUUUUGCGCAUAAUCUGAGCAGGAGUAUCACAUUCUAUUAUUCUGCUGGAGUCACAUUCGGUGUCCUUGCCACUCUAGUCUUUCUUCUUUUGAUGCUUAGAAGAUUUAUUCCCAAGGUAAGCACUUUCUGGAUUUUAAUGAGCGGCUGCUGGUUUUCUUCCCUCUAUUUUUACACGUGGAAAGAGGAUUUGAAAUGGCUGUGGCACCACUGCACGCACUAUGUACUAGGGUAUUGCCUGAUAGUCGGAUCCAUCAGUUUUGGCUUUUGUUACAAGCAUGGGCCGCUCAAGAGUGAACAAAGUAUGAACCUUCUGAUGUGGACGCUACAAUUUAUAGGCUUGGUUUUUAUUUACGUUGGCAUUUCCAUUCCAGUGGUUGCCUAUACAGUCAUCGUCACCAUGCUGUGUUCAAAAAUCCUGCAUUAUCCUCUUAGAGUAUUCUGGUACAUUGGCAGAAAAGCCAGCCGGCUCUUCAAAUCAGGAAAGGUGGAGGUUCGCUACUUGACUGAAGAAGAGUAUCGGGAGCAGGGUGAACAGGAGACCCUCAAGGCCUUGGAGGACCUACGAACCUUCUGCCGUCACCCCGAUUUCCCCUCGUGGGUAGCAGUGGUGAAGCUGCAGUCGCCACAAAGAUUUGCAAAAUUUGUCCUGGGGCAUCCACACGUGUCGCCUGAAGAAGCGGCCGCCCACGACGAGCAGUACGGCUUGGGAGGGGCCGCCUUAGAAGAGCAACUUUUUAAUCCAGAGGCCGAGGCAGAGCCGGACCGCCAAACAGAGCCCUGUGAGGUGGAUGAAACCGCCAAGGAAGAGGAACAACUUAGGCAAAACUUUUUCAGUAAAGAAGUUCUCUGAGUCACACUGUCCGGAGGUAGUGAGGGAAACGCAGCACAGUUUUGCAAGUGGGCGAGAAUUCACAGAACGGACUUUGAAAGGUUCUGCUUUCUGAACUGCACUGCAGGGGGCAACCAAGAUUUUCCGAAGGAGUCUCUUGUGCCGCAUCAGGUCUCUCUCU